GGUAAAAUGGUGAAUCUGUUCCAAAGCAAUUCCUUCUGCUACCUAACUUUUUCGCCACUCAUGGUAAUCAAGAUUAUCCAUACCUAAGCUUCCAACUGACUCUAUAAAUAUACGUAUACACUUAGUUCUAUCUACCUUUUUUCUACAUCUACCUUUUUUCAUAGUAGAAAAUAAGGAAAAAAGCAAGAUAAAAGGUGAAAUACUAGUCUAUACAUUAGUCUGAACCAGGACUGGUAGUUGCACCUAUUCUGUUCACCUCAGUGAAUCUUGUACAAAUAUAUUUACAUCUACUCACAUGCUGUUCCUUUCAAUACAUAUAAGGUUGCAUUGUUGAAAGGAAAAGACAGUGAGAACAGGAACAAUGGAGGACCAACAUCCAUUGCUCCCUAGUAUACUUCAUUCAACACCUAAUUUAUCAGACAUGUCAUCGGACGAAAUCGAAGAGUUCUUGGAACACAAGAAUGUGACUUUCAAAGGGUAUCUCAAGUUGUUUACAUGGGAAUCAAGACUACUUUGGCUUCUGUCAGGGGCUGUUAUUGUAGUGUUGAUAUUUAACUACAUGCUUGGCUUUGUUACACUUAUGUUUGUUGGACAUUUAGGUUCGUUGGAGUUAGCUGGUGCUUCCAUUGCUAGUGUGGGAAUUCAAGGCCUUGCUUAUGGUGUCAUGUUGGGCAUGGCAAGUGCUGUUGAGACAGUUUGUGGCCAAGCAUAUGGAGCAAAAAGAUAUGCAGUUAUGGGAGUGAUAUGCCAAAGAGCAAUUAUACUUCACCUUGGAGCAGCUUUAGUCCUCUCAUUCCCUUACUGGUUCUCUGGGCCAUUGCUUAAAGCAAUAGGCCAAUCAGAGACCAUAUCUGAGCAAGGCGAGUUAUUCGCCCGCGGAUUGAUCCUUCAGCUCUAUGCAUUUGCUAUUAGUUGUCCAAUGCAGAGGUUUCUGCAGGCACAGAACAUUGUCAAUCCUUUGGCUUAUAUAGCGGUUUCCGUAUUCCUUGUGCAUGUUCUGAUAACUUGGCUUGUGGUUGAGGUCUUGGAAUAUGGUCUAUUCGGAGCUGCCCUCGCGCAGAGCUUCUCGUGGUGGCUUUUGGUCAUCGCGCAAGGUCUUUAUGUCGUUUUUAGUCCUUCGUGCAAAGAAACUUGGACUGGUUUCUCUAUGAAUGCUUUCAAUAGCAUUUGGCCUUACUUCAAGCUAACUGUUGCCUCUGCUGUCAUGUUAUGCUUGGAGAUAUGGUACUUCCAAGGCCUGGUGCUUGUAUCAGGGCUACUUCCCAAUGCUGCAAUCUCACUAGACUCAAUUUCUAUUUGCAUGAAUUACUGGAACUGGGAUUUGCAAUGUAUGUUGGGACUAGCAGCUGCAGCCAGUGUUCGAGUUAGUAAUGAGCUUGGAGCAGGACAUCCGAGGGUCGCCAAGUUUUCAGUGGUUGUAGUGAACAUGACCAGUAUCAUGUUCAGUACAAUUCUCUGCAUUAUUGUGCUGAUAUUCAGAGUUGGAUUAAGCAAACUCUUUACAAGUGACUCUCAAGUCAUUGAAACUGUCUCUCAUUUGACUCCAUUACUUGCCAUUUCUGUUUGGUUGAAUGGCAUUCAGCCUAUUCUCUCAGGUGUGGCUGUUGGCAGUGGAUGGCAAGCAGUGGUAGCAGAUGUCAAUCUAGCUACUUAUUAUUUUAUUGGCCUCCCAAUUGGAUGUAUUCUUGGCUUCAAAACAAGUUUGCAAGCAGCAGGAAUAUGGUGGGGGAUGAUUGUUGGAGUUAUCCUACAAACAUGCACCUUGUUUAUUUUAACUGCCAGAACAAACUGGAAUACUGAGGUUGCAAAAGCUGCUGAUCGCUUGAACGAAGCUGGAAAUCGAGAGAGUGAAGAUCUCGCAGACAGCCCUUGAAAAGAGUCUGCUCCAUAUUCUUUUAAGACCAUUGUGUUUGUUUUCACAUAAAAACGGAUAAAUAUCCAUCCCACUGAACUUGUGAAAAAAUUCUUCAAGCCCCAGCUUCUAUCAAAAAGAUCAUGGCACCAGCAAGAACUUGUAUUGCCAAGAUUCCAAUAACUAACAAAUGAGUUCUAUCAGAGAUCAAUUCACAACAACUUCUUUGCAUCUCCUUCUCAUCUUAUUUGGUGAAUGGCUUAUAUUCAUGAUCAAAUAAUUUUUGCCUCAAGUGUAUGUAUCACCUUAACUGGCUCAAGAAUCCUAAGCUAAUUUUUUUUUUUUUUUAAAUAAAAAAAACAACUAAUUCUUUGAAGGGCAAAAGAACAGUAAGUAUUCC